AGAAAUAUUUUACAAUGGUUUAUGGGGAUUUAUUGGAGACACAGAUUUUCGGUUCUCUGACGUCACAGCCUCUAUUUUAUGUAAAACACUAAACUUAAGUCUAUUUGGAUAUGGUGCCGGACGCAUGCACAUAGGAUACAAUACAAUAAAAUAUUCCUGGUUGCGGACAUUAGAAUGCAAUGGAAAUGAACGUAGUAUUGAUGAAUGUGUUGAAACUGACCAAUUGAACUACGCUCAAUCUGGUGCAUGGUACUUGGGCUAUGGCAGCAAGCUAUAUUGUGUGGAUUACAAACUGACUGGAGGAAUAUCACAAAAUACAGGCAUGCUUCUAGCGGCGUUUUCCGGCACACAACACACAAUUUGUUACGAAAGUUUUGAUAUCAACGCAGGAGAUGUGGUGUGUAAGCAUUUACAAUUUAAUGGUUUGGUAGCUUUUACCGAAGGUGAUCCCGGCUCAAUACCAUUAUUUAACAAUAAACUAACAUGCACGGGAAACGAGAGAUCUCUAAAUGAUUGCACAAUGUCUAAUGCUAUCAUCGAUAAAUGUACAAGAGCUGUUUACAUAACAUGCAAAGCUGUUAGAUUGACUACAUGGAACGAGUAUAACGAUGAAGGUGCUGUUGAGAUAUUUUACAACGGUUCUUGGGGAUAUGUCGGUAAUCAUGAAUAUAGAUUCAAUGACGAAACUGCACACUUUCUUUGCAAAACACUUGGUUUUCGAACUGGCGGUUUUAGUACGGGAGACCACUCAUUAGGGUCGUCACAUGACCGAAAAGCUUGGCUCAGGUCUUUGUCAUGCGAUGGUACAGAAGCAGACAUCAUGCAGUGCGUCAGUCCUUUAAGCUUUAGUUUUCAACCAUCGCAUACGUUCGUUUCCAAAAGGGGAACCUGGCUUUAUUGUUUUGGUAAGUCUAAUAAUAAUUCAAUUCAUUCAUUAUAUCGAUGAUAUUACAGAAGCACUAAAAUCUAACUUGUAUGUCAGGCGAUUAGCUAUUUUCUAUUUUGAUAAUAAUAUCCAAAUUAAACACAGAAUGAAAUACAAGUACUAAAAAUAGUAUGAGACAUUGCAGAUAUUGAUGAUUUUUGGUUAGCUAACAUGAACAAGGGCUGUUCGAUAAGUUCGCGAAAGUUUGCAGUAACUAUUUCUUUUAAUAUUUAUUAUAUUAACGUAAUACGUACACAUUGCGGGACGAAACACCCAAAAUACUAUAGUAACUCAUGUCUUGCUUGUUGGCGCGAUCCAUUUUCCCCGUAAAUAUUAUUCCAUUAUUAAUGUAAGAUCAUCAUUUCCGGACUAGAAAAAAUGGCACGAACUUAGCAGACGUUAAAGAAACGCCAUGACGUCAUUGCUGUAUAAAAGUCGUUGAUAUUUCAGUAAUGGUCAUUAAGUCUCGCCGGUGCUUAGCUUUUUUCGUCUUUAUGUCUUCAAAAGACGAGGAAUUACGUGCAGUGGAAAAUUGUUAUUGGCAGGGUAAAUCGCCGAAAAAUACUAAAGGUAUGAUUGAAGAGUCUGCUGCUAUAAGUUCUAACAGCAUGUUAUUUGUAUACACGUGAUAUGAAAAGGUUUUCUCCGCAUAUAGACGAUUCACGCGAAUGAUGACAGCAACUGUUACGACGUCGAUAUUGGUCAUGCUUAAUGCUGAUCGGCGGAUUACGGUGAGCGUUAUCUCUGAUGACCGGAUAUAAUCUAGUUUAGCGGACUAAUGCCACAGCGCGAUGGACGGGAGCGUAUCUAAAUGAAUGUGCAUGCGUUUGUGGUAGCUAAUAUGUGUUAUACUGACUUUUGUUCUACUUUAAAAAAAUAAGCAUGUAAUAAACCGGGGGUGUGGGAGGAGCAGCCCCAAAUAAGCAAGAGUGCCAAUGUUUCCUGAAAACCUGUGCGUAUACUGCUCUAUCAUUAACCAUAUUAUGACUCAGGACCUGGGGAUGUUGGAGGUCAGCGCCACAUUGGCUCCCAGACUUUUGAAGGACAGUGAUUAAGAGCAACUCAUUUUCUACGUCAUUCAUUGAACGCCGCCUUUCCUUGUUGGUCUUGUUUUUCAUAUUUUCAUAUUUAUCCUCAAGGAAUUGUUCGGCGUUCAGUGUUGGUGUCCCCUCCGUGUCCAGUCUUCAUAACAAUUUGUCCAUUGGGCGCGUAGGGGUUGAGUUCAUUGAACGCCGCCUUUCCUUGUUGUAUCAUAUUUUGAGCGCUAGGGCAAACGGGUUUUGGAUCGCAAUAUUAUGGUCGAUAAAACUUGGGCCCGAAUACGAAGGCAGAGUCUAGUUUGUAGGACACUCCGAGAUAAAAGACACCAAAGGCAAGGGUUCAGCGCAUCGAAAGGAAGGAGAUGCUAAUCAUUUCAUGGAUCGACAAGAAAUAAUCUUUCAGCAUAAAGACGGCUGCACUGUGAACGUAGACUAUUACUCUGAGAUAAGUAAGAUUUUUUUAAUGAAAUGCAAUGAAAAUUAUGAAACAUAAAUUUGUUAUUAUUUAUUUAAGAAAUUUAAUUUGAAAAUAAAAUGACAUUAUGUAGCCACUUUUUAAUAACGUACGUUACCGCCACAUGCCCGGAUGAUAGCCUCAACCCUUCACGUCAUACCCGGCAUGUUGCCUCAAUUUUGACAUGACCGCAGCUGAAAUUUAAAUUUUAUUUUGUCAAUGGCACGAACCACCUGUAGUCAACCUGCAACAACUAAGACAAGCUCUGCACCAAGAAUUGCAAAAAUUACCUCAAAAUCGCAUUAGAAGCUUUACUGGUAGUAUGAGGAGAAGGGUUGAUGCUAUC